UGUGUACACACGCAUACACGUCAGAUGGGUUCGUUUCCAUGGUAAGCGCGGUCUAUAAGGAUUCGGUUGUUACCCAGCAGUGUUCCUGCAAACACAACCUCCGGGAGGCUGGGCUUAACGCUGUGUGUCCAAGAUGGCGGUCAUCUCCAUUGAAAGGAUGGGGCUGCUGUCUGUAUUCUUUGUGUGUCUGUUCUUCAGCAGCGCCUUUGCUGUGGAUCGGGGAAACUUUAAAACCUGCGAUCAAAGUGCCUUCUGCAAACGUCAAAGGGCGUUCAAGCCGGGUCAGUCCCCAUACCGAGCUCUACUGGAAACUUUGGAGCUCAGUGACUCCCGACUGACCCUCCAGCUCAUCAAUGACAACAAUAAGGUGCACUUGCUGUUGGAGCUAUACAGGCUGCAGGGGAAUAUGACUCGGGUGAAAAUAAAUGAGCUGAAACCUCUGAAGCCGCGCUUUGAGGUGCCAGACGUGCUCAUAGCAGAGCCUCCUACUGAGCCUCUCUCAGUGUUGUCCAAGGAUGAUAAUGGCGUUGUGUUGUCUCUGGGAGCAGAGAGCCAGAGGUUGAUUGUUAGUGCCCGUCCAUUUAGGCUGGACAUCAUGGAGGGGCCAGAGGUGCUGCUAUCCCUCAACUCUCGUGGCCUGCUAGCCUUUGAGCACCUGCGUCUUCGCAAGGACACGCAAGCACAACCAGAAGGUGCUGAGGUUAAAGAGAGUGUAGAUGGAGAUCAACAGCAAGAUGAAGGCAAGAAGGAUGAGGAUGAAGAGAGUAAUAAAGAGGAAGACGGACUGUGGGAGGAGACAUUUAAAUCUCAUACAGAUACCAAACCAAAUGGCCCCACUUCGAUAAGUUUAGACUUCUCCUUGCCUGGUGUGGAACAUGUAUACGGUAUUCCAGAGCAUGCUGAUGACCUAAAACUCAAAACUACAGAUGGUGGUGACCCUUACAGGCUUUAUAACCUAGAUGUGUUUCAGUAUGAGCUCUAUAACCCUAUGGCCUUAUAUGGAUCCAUACCCCUCAUGCUAGCCCAUAACACACAGAGAACCAUGGGUAUUUUCUGGCUUAAUGCAGCUGAGACCUGGGUAGACAUCAGUUCUAAUACAGCGGGAAAGACUGUCUUUGGUAAGAUGCUGGACUUUGUUCAAGGCUCCAGUGAGAAGCCACAGACGGACGUCCGUUGGAUCUCUGAGAGCGGUAUCAUUGAUGUCUUCAUCAUGCUGGGGCCCAAACCAUCAGACGUCUUCUCACAGUAUGCCUCUCUGACAGGCACCCAGUCCUUCCCUCCCCUCGCCAGUCUGGGCUAUCACCAGUGCCGCUGGAAUUAUAAUGACCAGGAAGAUGUGAAGUCUGUGGACCAGGGCUUUGACCAACAUGACAUCCCUUAUGAUUUCAUAUGGCUUGACAUCGAGCAUGCAGAUGGCAAGCGCUACUUCACCUGGGAUCCCCACAAGUUCUCUCAGCCUAAAGAGAUGCUUCAGGGCCUAAUGGACAAGAAACGCAAGAUGGUGGCUAUAGUAGACCCCCACAUCAAGGUUGAUAGUGGUUACAAGAUCCACAACGAGAUUACUUCUAAAGACUUCUACGUUAAGAACAAAGAUGGUGGGAAUUAUGAAGGCUGGUGCUGGCCAGGAAACUCUGGUUACCCAGAUUUUACAAAUCCAGAAAUGCGGGCCUGGUGGGCUAGUAUGUUCGCCUAUGAUCAGUAUGAGGGUUCGAUGGAGAAUCUCUUUACUUGGAAUGACAUGAACGAGCCAUCUGUGUUCAAUGGGCCAGAGGUCACUAUGCACAAAGAUGCACUGCAUGGAAAGUGGGAGCACAGAGACAUUCACAAUAUGUAUGGACUCUAUGUGCAAAUGGCCACUGCCGAAGGUCAGAUUCAGCGAUCUGGUGGAGCUGAAAGGCCUUUUGUGCUGACCAGAGCCUUUUUUGCUGGUUCUCAGAGAUUUGGUGCUGUUUGGACUGGUGAUAAUGCAGCUGAGUGGGACCAUCUCAAGAUUUCCAUUCCCAUGUGUCUCAGUCUUGGGCUUGUAGGCGUCUCGUUUUGUGGAGCUGAUGUAGGUGGCUUUUUUAAGAAUCCCAGCACUGAGCUUCUGGUUCGCUGGUAUCAGACGGGUGCGUAUCAGCCAUUCUUCCGCGCUCAUGCUCAUCUAGACACCACACGUAGGGAACCCUGGCUCUUUGGCCCAGAGAACACCGCACUCAUCCGGGAGGCAGUCCGCCAGCGUUAUGCUCUUCUGCCAUACUGGUACCAGCUGUUCUUCCAAGCAUAUAGGACCGGAAUGCCAGUCAUGAGACCUCUUUGGGUGGAUUAUCCCAAGGACACAGCAACUUUCACCAUUGAUGAUGAAUUCCUAAUUGGAAGCGAUUUGUUGGUUCACCCAGUCACUGAGGAAGGGUCUCGUGGGGUCACAGCCUAUCUGCCUGGAGCUGGAGAGGUUUGGUAUGAUGUCCACACCUUUCAAAAACACAAUGGCGCACAGAAUCUCUACAUCCCAGUCACUCUUAGCUCUAUCCCGGUGUUCCAGCGUGGUGGCUCUAUCAUCCCUCGGAAGGACAGAGUUCGAAGGUCAUCUGCCUGUAUGGAAAAUGACCCAUACACCUUGUAUGUGGCUCUUAGCCCUAAGAAAUUUGCUGAAGGCAAGCUCUACAUUGAUGAUGGCCAUAGUUUUAACUAUGAUACAAAGAAAGAAUUUAUUCACCGGAGCCUCACUUUUGCCAAUAAUGCUCUCACCUCCAGCAACCUGUGCCCAGACUGUAACUUCUUAACCUCAUCAUGGAUUGAAAAAGUUCUCAUUCUGGGUGCCAGUAAACCCAGCAAGGUGGUUCUUAAAAUGAAUGGCAAAGAAACCCCUGUGGACUUUGAAUUUGAUUCUUCCAUGUCAGUGCUAACCCUCCGUAAACCUGGGAUGAAUGCUGGGGACGACUGGACCCUGCUGCUGCAGUAGCUCACUGGAUCUCUACAGCGGCCGGGGCCAGAUGACAUGAGAUCCAAAAAAAAAAAAAAAAAAAAAAAAAUUCACUUGAAAAUUUCCUGAGUUGAAAAUUUCCCUCUUAAUCCAUAAACACAUAGAGCACUUACAAAUUCAACAAUUCAAAAGUGAACAAGUGGUGCAGUGGGUCAGAGAUAUUUCUCAGUGCUAAAAAGAAAUGGAUCCAACUGGCAGGGUCAGACAGUAAAUGCUUUCCAUUUUAAAUGUAGUAACGUUGUUCAAACGUCAAAAGCUUUGUUUUUAAUUUUGUGUAGUGAAAAGUAGUAUUAAAAUCAGAUUAACUGAAUCAUACAGUGGAUUUAAAUCAUUUCAGGGCAGCAAAUGAGAGUGUUAAUUGGAUUUAAACUCUCAGAGCACAGUGGAAACCCAGUCAUUACUGAAGUGAAAUGGUCUUUAACAAAUAGAUUUGCUCCUUUUCAAAGAUAAGACAACACAACAGGUUCGCAAAUCGAUGCUAUUUUUCCUAUUAGUUUAGAAAUAUUAAAGCUCUAGAAAAUGGUUUAACUAUAAUCAUAUCAGGGGUUUUAGAGUUCAGUUUUGAAAAAGUAAGUUCUUCACUGGAGACUACUAAUAAGCUCUAUUUGCUUAUGGCCUAUUUAGUUAAUUUGAUGGGGGAUCUUGGGUUUGGAUUGUUUUAGAGGGGAAUUGCCCACUAAAUCUGUGAGUUUUUGUCUUAUUGCUUACAUUUUUGUUUUCUAGAGCACUUGAAUGUUGUUUUUGGGGUGGGUAGGGUGAUUUAACACAAAGCAGAAUGAAACAGUCAGGCACUUAUAAUUAUUCCAGCCUAAUCUACUGUGAUGGGGAAGAUGAUUUGUGAAGUUAAUUGUCAUCCACUAUAAAAUUAUUGAUCUCGUCAAGUAAAUGUUUUAAGCAGGGCUGCUCAUGAAAGAGGACUUUGUGUACAUUUCCGUUUGACCAUGUCACAUUAUUGCUCUGUGUUGCUGAUUUUCCACUCGUUUCAUUCCAUUUCUGAGGGUGACCCUGAAAGCUCUGAAAAUGUGAGGCAAACGUAAUGUCUUCAGUUCUGAUUAAUGAGUGUUCAAAUGAGAUGUUAAUAAAAAUUGCUGUACAUUCCUAACUUAA